AUGACUAGAGCAGUAGCGGCGAAAAGAGUCGAAGCAGGGUCACGCAGAGAAGAAGCAGUUGUAGCCAAGUCAUUAACUCCGGGUAUUCCAGGAGUCAAAGAGACCGCUCAACAAGCCGCAUUGGCGCCCGCAGAAGAGGAUUCUGGUUCUCCAGACGAAGAUGAUGAUCCGGCAAAUACAAUGCCGUAUCAAGGCGAGCCAAAGAAACGUGUCAGAGGAUACCAAGGAGCAAACUUCGUAGACGGAUACAUUGAUAAACGGCAAGCAAAACCGGGUGGCUAUCCUCAAACGAGGGGCCAAGCCGCCGAUUACAACCAUCAAAGCGGAUCUGGCAUCGAGAAGAAGUAG